AUGAUUGAGGAGCGUGUGGAAUGGCGCUGCCGGGGCGAGUGCGAGCGCUCCUUCCCCGCCGAGUUCCAAGAGUGGAUCGAGAAGGUCAUCGGCUGGCUCAGCAGGGUCUUCCUGCAAGAGAGUGCUGGGGAGUCCCUGCCCAGCAGCCCCCUGAAGCUCUGGCAGUUCCACGUCCAGAGGUUCUGCUACCGCCUAUAUGCCAGCUUGCGCAUCGAGGAGCUCUACAGCAUCAUCCAUGAUUUCCGGGAGUCAAAGCCUGCAGCCCCGCGGGACGAGCAGGAGCUGCUGUGCGGGCAGAUCGCGGGGGUGGCCCGCUGCGCCCUGGAGAUCUCGGGCUCCCCGCCGGGCCUCAUCCGGCUGCGGAAGCUGAAGUUCGCGCUGGAGGCCGAGGGCAGCUUCCUGUGGGUCCUGGGCUGCACCGCCGACCUCUCGGACCUCAGCUGCAGGCGGCUCCUGGAGCGGCUGCUCGGCCUCUUCCGCUUCUACAACGGGCCGGCUUCCCGGGCCUACCUGGAGCGCCCCCAGGAGGACCUCGACCGGGAGUGGGAGCUGUACGUGGCCCACCUGCAGCAAAGCUCCAGCGACCUCCACCGGGUCUUUGACUCCCUCUGGGCCUGGGACAAAACCAAGGUGGACCCUCUGCUCCUGCUGAAGGCUGCCCUCAUCCUGCAGAGCUGCCAGCGUUCGCGCCACGUGCUGGCCGGCUGCAUCCUCUACGAGGGCCGGGUGGUCAGUACACAGCUGCCGCCUGAGCUGACUGCCAGGGUUUUGCUGCAGAAGGGAGCAGAGGAGGGAAGCAGUGGGCCGGAAGAGGGAGCAUCUCAGCUCAAAGAAGCUUUACCGCCCGGGGUCUGCGUCACGCCUGUUUACCUCUUGGAGGCCGAAGCAGCCGCCCUGCGGGAACUGCCGGUAGAAUGGAUGACCAGGGGGUCCCAGGAGGACUUGGCCAGCAGCAAAGGGAGCGAGACUCCCGCAGGAGGAGCAGACGGAGCCCCCUUGGUGAGGAUGGCCUUGUACGUUCACCACAUCCGGGGCUUGGUGCUGGCCCUCCUGGCUGAAGAGCCCUUGGUGAGCUCCGCAGACUUCAUGGAGGAUGUGUACCACAGCAGCCUGGCUUCCCUGAACGGCCUGGAGGUGCACCUGGCAGAGACCCUUCCCAAGGGCCCCCUCCCCUCCUCCAGGAGCACCUACAACUUUGCUCACUACGACGCCGUCCAGAACGUCCUCACCACCAACGUCCUGCAGACCACGAGCCCCGAGGACCAGCUCUUCCUGCAAGGCACCGGCCUCAUCCACGCCACCUUUGAGCAGCUGCCCACCGCCUCCGAACUGACGCUCAGGAAUGCCAGCACGGCUGUCUACGGCUGCCGGAACGCCGUCCAGGAGAGCUACUUCCAGCAGAGGGGUUUGCCGCCCUACAACUCGGGGGUGCCCAACCCCCGGGACAGCAUUGUCGGCCUGCCUGGCAAGGCCAGGCAGAAGCUCCUCAAGCACGGGGUGAACCUGCUCUGAGGGGGACUCACCGCACCUGCCCAGGACUGCCUGGCACAGAGGCCUCGGAAGCUGCCGACCGGGCUUGGCCCACGGACUCCUUGCCUUCCCACGGGUGGCCCUGCCUGAGGGAGCCUCUUGGCCAAAGAGAGCGGGGAGUUCAGGUCCUGCCCACUGUGGGUGGCUCCCGUCUUUGGGUUUCUUUCUCCUCCACCCUCCCCAGUGCCUACAAGUGCAGCACCCGCCCCCUGGCAGAGCCUUUGGAAAGAGACUUGGCCCCAGGAGGGGGAGUGGCAGCAGUUGGGGGCCUCCCCCUCUGGGAGGCACUUUCUGAAUGGCAGAGGGUGGCACUUCCUUUGCCUUGCCCCCGCCCUCCUUGCUGCUGGCACUCCCCCAGGCUUUCCUAUUUUGGGGGCGGGCAGUAUUUGCUAAGGAGUUCCUGCCCUGGGAUGGGCUGAGGCCCGUUGCCCCCCCUGCUCCUCCGGACUCUCUGGAAAUCUCUGUUCUGCAGGAAAGCAGGGGCCUGGGGGCUUAAAUAGGGGCCUGGGGGCUUAAAUAGGGGCCUGGGGGCUUAAAUAGGGGCCUGGGGGCUUAAAUAGGGGCCUGGGGGAGAAUAAAGCUGCCGACUAAAGCUGC